UCAGACGCCCUCAUUGUAGGAUUUAAAUAAUGUGUUGACAUAUCUUAAGGUUUCAUGGAUCUGCUCAUUCAGAAAUGGGAGACUGGUCAAUUCUUGGCCGCUUCCUAACGGAGGUGCAGAACCAUUCCACCGUGAUUGGUAAGAUCUGGCUGACCAUGCUGCUCAUCUUCCGCAUCCUGCUGGUCACCCUGGUGGGAGACGCCGUCUACAGCGACGAGCAGUCCAAGUUCACCUGCAACACCCUGCAGCCCGGCUGCAACAACGUGUGCUACGACACGUUCGCCCCCGUCUCCCACCUGCGCUUCUGGGUCUUCCAGAUUGUCCUUGUCUCCACGCCCUCCAUCUUUUACAUCGUCUACGUGCUGCACAAAAUCGCCAAGGACGAGAAGCUGGAGAUUGAGAAGGUCCAGGAGGUGGCCCGUGAGAGGGCCAAACAGGUGGGCCUGGAUGAGGACGUGGCCCUGGAGAGUGGCAGCCCCAGGUAUCAGCCCUGCUACCUGGAGGAGUGGGGCGCACAGGAGGGGGGGUGUGUGGAGCAGAGCCUGCUGGAGGAGGAGCUGAGGGAGGUGGGGAAGGACCCCACCCAGCUCUCCAACCAGGUCCUGCUUAUCUACAUCAUCCACGUGGUCCUGCGCUCCGUCAUGGAGAUCACCUUCCUGGUGGGGCAGUGUUACCUGUUUGGGUUCGAGGUGCCGCACCUGUUUCGCUGUGAGACCUACCCCUGCCCCAAUCGGACUGACUGCUUUGUGUCCCGCGCCACGGAGAAGACCAUCUUCCUCAACUUCAUGUUCAGCAUCAGCCUGGGCUGCUUCGUGCUCAACAUCGUGGAGCUGCACUACCUUGGUUGGCUCUACAUCUUCCGGGUGCUGUGCUCUGCUUGCUCCACCUGCUGCGAGGCAGAGAGGAACCCUGUGGAGCGCGUGGGGCUGUACGCCCAUCACAACCCCCUGCUUCUGCAGCUUAAACACUCCUUACGAGGCCGGGUGGUCCUCCAGACGCCCACAGCCAUGUACCAGGAGAAGAGCAGCGGAGCCCCCGCCAUCUCCUUCCAGACGGACUCUACAUUGGAGUGCACCUCCAGGAGGAGUCCGGAGGAAAAGGAGCGCACCAAGACCAAGCUGGCUGGCAUGAGCAGGCUGGGAAGAGGGAAGAAGUCCUGGCUGUAAACUGGCGUUUUCUGUCUUUUUUUUAAUUUUUAUAUUUCUCUUUUGCUUCCUCCUCUGAUUGCGUUUGUUUAUCU